AUGGCGGCAGAUCUGAGGUUGCAGGAGAUCGGGGAACCUGAUAAGGUCCAUGGCAGUGCCCCUGUAUGUCACGGUGGAGUUGUUGGGGACCCACCUGUGUGGCGCCAGGUACUGAGCGCGAAGCGUGGGUGCUGCCUACUCCACCCCGUCUGCAUCUCCCUCACAAACGAUCGUCUCAGUUGGACUGCGAGGCCAGAGCGUGUGUGCACAGGGACGAGGGCGCCAUGGCCCCCUGUACUGACGAGUUUGAUUCUCACAGGACCGCGGUCCCUUCCGGUGCGUGGCUGGCACUCGUCACGCCCCCUGUGGGACGACUCCAUUGUGGAGAAGUCCCUCAAGUCCUUAAAGGACAAGAACAAGAAGCUGGAGGAAGGCGGCCCUGUGUACAGUCCCCCCGUGGAGGUGGCCGUGAAGAAGUCCAUCGGGCAGAGGGUCCUGGACGAGCUGAAGCACUACUACCACGGCUUCCGCCUGCUGUGGAUCGACACCAAGAUCGCCGCCCGCAUGCUGUGGCGGAUCCUGCACGGCCACACCCUGACGCGCAGGGAGCGCAGGCAGUUCCUCCGGAUAUGUGCUGAUCUCUUCCGCCUCGUCCCGUUCCUGGUCUUCGUGGUGGUGCCCUUCAUGGAGUUCCUGCUUCCUGUGGCCGUGAAGCUCUUCCCGAACAUGCUGCCGUCCACGUUUGAGACCCAGUCAGUCAAGGAGGAGAAGAUGAAGAAGGAGCUGCGAGUCAAGCUUGAGCUGGCCAAGUUUCUCCAGGACACCAUUGAAGAGAUGGCUUUGAAAAACAAGGCGGCCAAGGGAAGCGCCACCAAAGACUUCUCAGCCUUCUUCCAGAAGGUGCCUGUGGUGAUGCUUCUGCACCCGCAGCCUCCGCUCCCUCGGGCAGAGGGCUGCCCAGAGCCUGUAGGCGCCCUGAUUGCCGAGGAAGGGGUGGACAGUCUCAAUGUCAAGGAGCUGCAGUCGGCGUGUCGGGCCAGAGGCAUGCGGGCACUCGGCGUCACCGAGGACCGGCUCAAGGAUCAGCUGAAGCAGUGGCUGGACCUGCACCUGAACCAGGAGAUCCCCACGUCGCUUUUGAUCCUGUCCCGGGCCAUGUACCUCCCUGACACUCUCUCGCCUGCUGACCAGCUCAAGUCCACGUUGCAGACCCUGCCGGAGAUUGUGGCGAAGGAGGCCCAGGUGAAGGUGGCCGAGGUGGAGGGUGAGCAGGUGGACAACAAGGCGAAGCUGGAGGCCACGCUGCAGGAGGAGGAGGCCAUCCAGCGGGAGCUGCAAGAGAAGGAGCUGCAGAAGCGUGCGGAGGUGGCGAGAGAAGCCGAACCCGAGGUUGUGGCAGAUGCCCCCGGGAGGCCAGUGGUCGAGCCACAGCCCGAGGUCCCUGACGCCAUCUUGCCUGACGAGGUGCUGAAAGACACCGCCCCCAUCCUGGAAGGCGUGAAGGGAGAGGAGAUCACCAAGGAAGAGAUUGACAUCCUCAGCGAUGCCUGCUCAAAGUUGAAGGAGCAGAAGAAGUCGCUGACCAAGGAGAAGGAGGAACUGGAGCUGCUGAAGGAGGACGUGCAGGACUACAGCCAGGAUCUGCAGGAGAUCAAGAAAGAGCUCUCCAAGACUGGCGAGGAGAGGCUUGUUGAGGAGUCCAAGGCCAGCCGGAGACUGACCAAGCGGGUGCAGCAGAUGAUCGGCCACAUUGACGAGCUCAUCGCCCAGCUGGAGGCCGAGCAGAAGGCUGGCAAGCUGGGCACUGGCCAGGGCGCCCCCACGGGGGAGAAUGUCAUCAGCGUCACUGAGCUCAUCAGUGCCAUGAAGCAAGUUAAGCACAUUCCGGAAAGCAAGCUGCUGAGCUUGGCCUCCGCGCUGGAUGAGAACAAGGAUGGCAGGAUCGACAUCAAUGACCUCGCUAAGGUGAUCGAGCUGAUCGACAAGGAGGACGUUCACAUCUCCACCAGCCAGGUGGCCGAGCUCGUGACGUUGCUGGAGAAGGAGGGAAAGGUGGAGGAGAAGGAGAAGGCCAAGGAGAAGGCCGAGAAGGAGGCUGCCGAGCUGAAGAACUAG